ACGUGACCUGCCGAAAACUUACCUGCAAACUUUUCUUUUGGCUUGGACAUGCCAUUGUUCCCUCUGAUCAAUCCCAUACAUCUAUUCAGUCCAAUCACUGAGUGAAAAUUAAAUUAAAUUCAUCAAAAUAAAUUUUCUAUUAUUUUUUUUCAAAAUCUUUUUACUGGGUGUGUGCAUCUUUAUCUGUGACCACUUUGGCCUUUUAUUUUGGCCCUUGUGUGUUUGGUUGUUUCUGUGAGAUGUGAUUUUUCUGUUAUUUUCUUGUUUUCUUUUUCUCUCUGCUGAAAGAAGAUAUGGUGGUGGAAUCACUGGGGACGAAGAAGGCAGGGCUAAAAACCAACAGCAAGCCUACAUGGAAUUUGUGGGGAUCGGAUAAAAUGUAUAGGAAUCGAACCCGCUAUUCUCAGAUCUCUAGGAUCUCAGAAUUUCAGGCUUGAUGGGUGUUUGUUUCUCGAGAAAAUUCUCCUCUUCUUGUUGAAUUUCUCAGUCCAAAUGGUGCUCAUUCCACUUAGUUUGAUUCGUAUAUCCGUUUUCUUUUACUUAGGCCAUUGUUUGGGAGCUGGGAAUUGAUAAGAGAGUGACUGUAUAGUCUGGGUAUUUGUUUUCAUGAAGUUCUACUAGGAACUAAUCGAGUAUGUCACAAGGGAAGAGCUGGAAGGAAGAGUUGCCGUUGUGUUAAUGGUGGCUUUGCUUUAUGAGGUUGUGACUGUGAGAGCCUUUUUUUUUUUUUUUUUUUCUUGAAGCAAAAGAUUUUCCUGUAAGGUGAUAUAGAGAAAUUUUAUGUGGGUGUUUGUUGGUUAUGGUGGAUUUGAGAAGUCGGUCCUGAUUGUGGAAAGAAGUUAAGAGUUACCGAGCUGAAGAAAGAAUAUGGAAAGCAGGGGCUAUGUGUUGUGGGGAGUCGGAUUACUGCUUUUGACAUUGAUGGAGGGUUCUUCUGCUACUCUUUCUCCUUCUGGUAUCAACUAUGAAGUUGUAGCUUUGAUGACUAUAAAAAAUAAUCUGAAUGACCCAUAUAAUGUUUUGGAGAACUGGGAUAUUAAUUCAGUGGAUCCUUGUAGCUGGAGGAUGGUUACUUGCUCUUCCGACGGCUAUGUUUCUGCUCUGGGGCUGCCCAGUCAAAGUUUGUCUGGAACCUUAUCUCCAUGGAUUGGGAACCUCACCAACUUGCAAUCUGUGUUGCUGCAGAAUAAUGCCAUUUCUGGUCCUAUUCCUGAUUCAAUUGGGAAGUUGGAAAAGCUUGAGACACUUGAUCUCUCCCACAAUAAAUUUGAUGGUGGAAUACCCAGUUCUUUGGGGGGACUUAAGAAACUGAAUUAUUUGCGACUAAACAACAACAGCCUUACUGGACCAUGCCCUGAGUCUCUUUCCCAGGUUGAAGGCCUCUCCCUCGUUGACCUUUCUUUUAAUAAUCUGAGUGGUUCCAUGCCAAAAAUAUCUGCAAGAACCUUCAAAAUUAUUGGUAACCCUUCACUUUGUGGUGCCAAUGCCACAAACAACUGUUCUGCAAUCUCUCCAGAGCCACUUUCUUUUCCUCCAGAUGCUCUAAGAGCUCAUUCAGAUUCUGGAUCUAAGAGCCACCGUGUGGCUAUUGCGUUUGGUGCAAGUUUUGGUGCUGCUCUUUUAAUCAUAAUUAUUGUUGGGCUGUCAGUUUGGUGGCGAUAUAGGAGGAACCAACAAAUUUUCUUUGAUGUUAAUGAUCAAUAUGACCCAGAGGUACGCUUGGGCCAUCUGAGGAGGUAUACAUUUAAGGAACUUAGGGCUGCAACAGAUCAUUUCAACCCAAAGAAUAUUUUAGGAAGGGGUGGAUUUGGAAUUGUAUACAAGGGUUGCUUAAAUGAUAGAACUCUGGUGGCUGUUAAAAGGCUGAAAGACUAUAAUGCCGUAGGUGGUGAAAUCCAAUUUCAAACAGAAGUUGAGAUGAUAAGUUUGGCUGUCCAUCGGAAUCUUCUCCGGCUUUGUGGAUUCUGUACAACAGAGAGCGAGCGGCUCCUUGUUUACCCCUAUAUGCCUAAUGGGAGUGUAGCAUCUCGAUUAAGAGAUCAAAUCCAUGGCAGGCCAGCGUUAGACUGGUCAAGGCGAAAGAGGAUAGCUUUAGGCACAGCAAGGGGGCUACUUUAUUUGCAUGAGCAGUGUGACCCCAAAAUUAUCCACCGUGAUGUCAAGGCAGCCAACAUUUUGCUGGAUGAAGACUUUGAAGCAGUUGUUGGAGAUUUCGGGUUGGCAAAACUGUUGGAUCAUAGAGAGUCACAUGUGACCACAGCAGUGCGGGGCACUGUUGGCCACAUUGCUCCUGAAUACUUGUCAACAGGUCAGUCAUCAGAAAAGACAGAUGUGUUUGGGUUUGGAAUCUUGCUCCUUGAACUAAUCACAGGUCAGAAGGCUUUGGAUUUUGGACGGGCGGCAAACCAGAAAGGAGUAAUGCUUGAUUGGGUAAAGAAGCUCCAUCAAGAGGGAAAGCUCAACCUGAUGGUGGAUAAAGAUUUAAAGAACAAUUUUGACAGGGUUGAAUUAGAAGAAAUGGUUAAAGUUGCCCUUUUAUGCACUCAAUUUAAUCCUUCUCACCGCCCAAAAAUGUCGGAAAUAUUGAGGAUGUUGGAAGGUGAUGGUUUAGCAGAGAAAUGGGAGGCCUCGCAGAAGGUUGAGACUCCAAGGUUCAGGUCAUGUGAAAAUCCUCCCCAAAGAUAUUCAGAUUACAUAGAAGAAUCCUCCCUGGUGAUUGAAGCAAUGGAGCUUUCAGGUCCCAGGUGACAUCCAUUUUUCUCGUGUCUCCCCCAAAUCCCUACUCCCCUUUUUACAUUGGUAAGUAGUUGGAGAGAGCUUCAAGUGAGAUAUAUGUGAUUGGUGUUGAUAGCUGUUGAGUUGCAUGUAUUCAACUGUAAAGAAAAGGAAAGUCAUAUGUAUAAGCAUCUGGUUCUUUGUUGGAAGAUUGAUUGGGUUGAUUGUAAAUCUUCCAAAAUUUUUCUA